AUGGACAUCGACCAGGACAUAGAGGCUACCGACAGCACCGAAGAUAGCGAUGAGUUUACGAACCAGCGUCAAACCUACAUGACCAAGAGCCGCAAGCGACAGCUUGAUUUAAAUGAGGCUGAGACCAGCAACAGAGAGCGUCGCUUCAAGCUUUAUCAGGAGCAACUUCGUGGACACCUCGAGACGGUUGCUAAGAACGGUCGCGAACGGGGUCGAAGGAAGUUUCACGAGGGUGCAAUGGCUGAAGUCAUGGCGAAAGAAGACGAAGAUGAGAAGGAGCGCAAGAAAGAGCAACAGCGCAAGCGUCGGAGAGAAAAGGCGGAAGUGGAGAAGAAGCUCAAGGCCGAGAUGGCUGUGAAAGCUGCUAAGGAGGUCGCUGCUCAAGCUCCCGGACGGCACGACCGAGACGAACAACCGCCUCUUAAAAUCCGCAAGGUCGAGAAGCCUCCAGUAUUCGAAGAGAACAUUAUGGACCUCAGCGUGGAGGGUCCAGACUCCGACGUCAGUGGUGUUCCGGUCGAGGAGGAAACCAUCACCAGGAGGAUUCGCAAGAAGCCCGGACCAAAGAAGAAGCUGCCUCCGCCAUCACCAUCCGUACCGGUCGAGGAGCCCGUGAUCGUUGCGAAAGCGCCAGAGCCUAUUCCCAAAGAGGAGUAUGUGCCACAUACAUCGAAGACUUACACCCAGCUGUACGAACAGAUCUGGAAGGACAUUGCCCGCAAGGAAAUUCCCAAGCUCCACCGCACCCAGCAAGCUUCCCUCGCUACCAAGCAGGCGAACCAUCGCAAGACGGCCCAGCUCGCUGCCAAGGAAGCUCAGAGAUGGAAACUUCGGACCACCAAGAACAUCAAGGACACUCAGGCGCGAGCCAAGAGGAGUAUGCGUGAGAUGUUGAGUUUCUGGAAGCGGAACGAGCGUGAAGAGAGAGAUAUGCGCCGUCGUGCUGAGAAGGAGGCGAUGGAGAGGGCCAAGAAGGAGGAGGAGGCGAGAGAGUCCAUGAGACAGGCUAGGAAGCUUAAUUUCCUUCUUACGCAGACCGAGCUCUACUCUCACUUUGUGGGUAACAAGAUCAGAACCGACGCCAUCGAGAAGUCGACCGGUAGCGACGCGGUUGCUGUACCUGCUGCCACCUCAUCGAAACAAGACAUGGCUCAGCAGAUGCUAGCGAUGGAAGGAAAACAGUCGGGAAGUGCAGUCAAUUUCGAGGAUCUGGACUUUGACGACGAAGAAGCACUGAAGCAGGCGGCGGCUGCCAACGCUCACCAUCAUUUCCAAGCUACGAAGAACGCAGCUCGCGCAUUCAACCAGCCCGGCGGAUCCGAAGGUGGUACUAUGGAUCCCGACGAGGAGAUGGACUUUCAGAAUCCUGCGGGAAUGGACGAUGUCGAGAUCGAGCAGCCGAAAAUGCUCAACUGUACACUGAAGGAGUACCAGCUGAAGGGUCUGAACUGGCUUUCCAAUCUUUACGAGCAGGGUAUCAACGGUAUCCUUGCGGACGAGAUGGGUCUGGGAAAGACGGUGCAGUCGAUUUCGGUGAUGGCUUACCUUGCCGAGCGCCACAACAUUUGGGGUCCAUUCCUAGUUAUCGCGCCUUCCUCGACGUUGCACAACUGGCAGCAGGAGAUCAGUCGUUUCGUACCCGAUUUCAAGGUCAUUCCCUACUGGGGUGGAGCCAAGGACAGGAAGAUUCUACGCAAGUUCUGGGACAGGAAGACACCCGUUUACACCAAGGAUUCUCCGUUUCACGUUUUGAUCACCUCCUACCAACUGGUCGUUCAGGACGCCGCCAACUUUUCGCAGAUGAAGUGGCAAUACAUGAUUCUCGACGAGGCUCAGGCCAUCAAGAGUUCCUCCAGUACCAGAUGGAAGGCAUUGCUCGGAUUCCAUUGUCGCAACAGGCUUCUUUUGACCGGUACGCCGAUUCAGAAUUCUAUGCAGGAGCUAUGGGCCCUGUUACAUUUCAUCAUGCCGAGUUUGUUCGAUUCCCAUGACGAGUUCAGCGAAUGGUUCUCCAAGGACAUCGAAAGCCACGCGCAGAGUAACACCCAGUUGAACGAGAAGCAACUCGAGAGACUGCACAUGAUCCUUAAACCGUUCAUGUUGCGACGUGUGAAGAAGCAUGUGCAGAAGGAACUUGGAGACAAGAUCGAGAAGGACGUGUUCUGUGAGCUUACUUACAGACAGCGUGCUCUAUACAGAGGUCUUCGUGACAAGAUCAGUUUCAUGGAUCUGAUCGAGAAGGCUGCGGCUGGUGAUGAUAACAACCAGACCCUCAUGAAUCUCGUCAUGCAGUUCCGCAAGGUCUGCAACCAUCCAGAUCUCUUCGAGAGAGCCGACGUUCGAUCGCCGCUUGCAUUGACGUCAUAUUCGGAGACGGGUUCUUUCCUGCGCGAAGGUCCCCUUUUGCAAGUUCCGUAUACGGCUAGAAGUUUGAUCAAUUACCGAGUACCUUGUCUCGUGUACAGGUACGGUGGACGAUUGGAUCUGCCCGGCUCCGACUCCAACCACGGUUCGAGAAACCACCUUCUGGCCACCCGAUUCAAUAUCUGGAGACCGGAUUGCAUCAAGGAGUCGAUCAACAAGGACCGCGACGGUGUGUUUUCCUGGCUUCGGUUCAGUGACACCAGUGUUGGGGAAGCUUCGAAAGCAUUCCACCACACGCUCCUCGACAAGUUCGAGUCCCUUCGACAGAAGCAGACUGCGCGUUUCUCUGUCGUUUACGACGAGGACGAGUCGUGGGAGCCGUGGUAUGCGCGUCUGCUGGUGACCGACUUUGCGGCCACUGAGCCGGUUGCUACGGCAACGAAGGAGGGCGUUAUGGCGUCGCUCCUGAAGAUCUCGGAGAAGGUGUGGGUUGACGAGAGGUUCAACUGCAUGGACCCCCUGACGUUCAGGGCAGUUUCGGCUCCGCCGAUUAACUUGCUCUGCAACAACCAGGGCGUUGUCCACGAGCAGGAGAACCUCUUGUUCAACGAGAGGACCAGGAGAUUCCUGUUCGGUCCCAACUCGCUCGAGGAUGAGCAGUUGUUGGAGAACAAGGUCGAUCCUGCGGACUUUUUGCCGCCGCCCAUGCUCCCGAGACCUUCGCUGGAGAGACUGGCUGUCAGCCAUGUCCAGGUGCCAUCGAUGGGACGCUUCGUGAGCGAUUCGGGCAAGCUCGCCGAGCUUGACCGUCUCCUCACGGAGCUGAAAGUCGGUGGUCACCGAGUACUUCUGUACUUCCAGAUGACACGGAUGAUGGAUCUGUGUGAGGAAUACCUCACAUACCGCCAUCACAGAUACUUGCGCCUGGACGGUUCCUCCAAGUUGGAGGACCGUCGCGAUAUGGUCGAUGCCUGGCAGACCAACCCAGAUAUCUUCGUGUUCAUCCUGAGUACGCGUGCCGGAGGGUUGGGAAUCAACCUUACCGCUGCCGACACGGUCAUUUUCUACGACAGCGAUUGGAAUCCCACCAUCGACAGUCAGGCGAUGGACCGUGCGCACCGUCUGGGACAGACCAGACAGGUGCGGGUGUUCCGUCUCAUUACGAGAGGAACCAUCGAGGAGCGGAUCCGGCAGCGUGCUCAGCAGAAGGAGGAGGUCCAGCGAGUGGUCAUCCAGGGAGGGGACCCCGGCGCCAAGAAGAGCGUCGACUUCAAGGGCACCAGGGAGGUGGCAACCUGGUUGUUCGACAAGGACGAGGCGGAGGCGCUGGAGACGGCCCUCGCAGCCAAGGAGAAGGAGCUCGAGGAGCAGAAGGCCAAGGCCCAGCCGAAGACCAAGGCGAAGAAGAAGAAGGUUGCUGCGGCUCCUUCGGCUCCGGUCCCGGCCGUGGACAUCGAGGACAUGUACCACGAGGGAGAAGGCCGCUUUGACGAUUCUGGCAAGCCCAGCGAGGCCGAAACCCCUGGUCCUGCUUCUGGCGCAAGCAAGAAGCGGGCCAAGGGCAAGACCAACAAGAAGAAGACCACCCAGGAGCGUCUCAACAUGAUCGACGGCAAUAUGUGA